AAACAUAGUGCGGGUAACGUCCUUGUUUCGUCUAUUCCACGGUUUCACCUCUCUUAUCCCCGCCGUUUAUGAAUUUUAUUUAAAAGCCCUAACUAAAACUUUCUUUCCCUUUCUGCAAAUUGCUUCGCUCAGAGUCGUCAUGAAGUGAGUCGACGAGCAUCAGCCGACGGUGUAACUUAUGAAACAAUCGGUUGGCUCCGUUCACUAAUACGGGCACUGAAUCGGACCGGGGUUCCCUCUAACUGCAAUCCCCUCUUAAUUUAACUGCCCUUGCACUACCGUCUCUCCCUCUCAAAAACCCUAGCAUUCAUAGGGAACAACUUACGGAGAUCACUGCAGGAGGAGAAAAUGCCUGGCCCUACACAAGAGAUGGAGCCAGUGGAGCCACAGUCACUUAAGAAGCUUAGUCUAAAAUCACUAAAGCGAGCGCUCGAUCUAUUCGCUCCAGUUCACGGCCAGCUAGCUCCAACGGAUCCUGAAAGUAAACGAAUUCGCUUGAACUAUAAGAUAAAUGUCGAGUAUAAAGGAAUCAAAAGCGCAAACGAACUUCCUCGACCAGUUAAUUCUACUACAACUGAAAGUGGCCCUCAAUCAUCAGCGCCUUCCAAUGCCCUUGCUCUUCCAGGUCCAGAUGAUUCUAGGGACUCACAGAAGGGCGGGGUUCAAAAUGCAUUGAUUGUUGGUCCAUCUCUGCAGCCAAAGGGACCAAAUGAUAUUGGUCUGCAGGGAAAAAGCAAGGCAUUGGUUUCUGGUUCUGGAUCUGAAAGGAACUUCUCAACAUCUGCUAUAAUGGAGAGAAUCCCAAGCAAAUGGCCACGUCCUGUCUGGCAUCCUCCAUGGAAGAACUACAGGGUCAUAAGUGGUCAUUUGGGAUGGGUAAGAUCUAUUGCAUUUGAUCCAAGUAAUUCAUGGUUUUGUACUGGUUCUGCAGAUCGUACAAUCAAGAUAUGGGAUGUAGGAACUGGAAGGUUGAAGCUCACACUGACUGGGCACAUUGAACAAGUACGAGGCCUUGCUGUCAGCCAAAGGCAUACCUACAUGUUUUCUGCUGGUGAUGACAAACAGGUGAAAUGCUGGGACCUCGAGCAGAACAAGGUUGUCAGGUCUUAUCAUGGUCAUCUGAGUGGUGUCUACUGCUUGGCUCUUCAUCCCACUAUUGACCUUUUGCUAACUGGAGGUCGCGAUUCUGUUUGUCGGGUCUGGGAUAUUCGUACAAAAGUUCAAGUUUUUGCUCUUUCUGGGCAUGAUAAUACAGUAUGCUCAGUUUUUACUCGACCAACGGAUCCACAAGUUGUAACGGGUUCCCAUGACACGACCAUCAAGUUCUGGGAUCUCAGAUAUGGUAAGACUAUGUUAACACUCACACACCACAAGAAAUCUGUUCGAGCUAUGGCACAGCAUCCUACAGAGCAUUGCUUUGCAUCUGCAUCAGCUGACAACAUAAAGAAAUUCCGCCUUCCAAAAGGAGAAUUCUUACACAACAUGCUCUCGCAGCAGAAGACCAUCAUUAAUGCAAUGGCUAUCAAUCAGGAUGGUGUAAUGGUUACAGGAGGUGAUAAUGGUAGUAUGUGGUUCUGGGAUUGGAAGAGUGGUCAUAAUUUCCAGCAAGCUCAAACGAUUGUACAGCCUGGUUCAUUGGACAGUGAAGCUGGUAUAUACGCUAUCUCAUAUGAUGUAACUGGUUCAAGGCUUGUUACAUGCGAAGCUGACAAGACAAUUAAGAUGUGGAAAGAAGAUGAUAGUGCGACCCCAGAAACACAUCCUCUCAACUUCAAGCCACCUAAAGAUAUCCGUCGGUUCUAGUGGUCAUGUUGCUAUUCCUUUUUUUUUUUUUUUUUUUCUUUCCGCGUUGGCAAUGUAUCGUGCCAUUUCACUAUAUGUAACCUUUAUUCAUAGUAAGUGGGAUCCUUAUCAGUCUGUCACAAUGAACAUAGGAUUGAUUUUCUCACAUCAGGAAGUAACAGAAGUUUGAAUCAAUUUUUUCUAGCAUAGUGCAAUGUACUUGAGAGUUAUUUGCUGGUCUUGAAGCUACCACAGAAUGUAAAUUUUUAUAUCAUCUGUAUUAUUAGCAAGUGAGGUUUUUGCUUCAUGAAAGAUAAUGUCAUUAGCUCCCAAUUUUGAA